AGUCGGUAAGAGGGAUAUGUUAGACAUUGUCCAUUGUAAAUCCUUUUUCAUCCUUCUUUAAAACAACACCUAGCACAACACAAGAGAGGGGUGCAUAUUAAAGACCCGGCUUCAAUCAAAUUUGACCGACCAGGUUAAAACAGACUAAAUUGAUCAUGUACGCCUGUGCAAAGUUCGUCUCCACGCCGGCUCUGGUCCGUGCUGGCUCCCGGGCUCUUUACAGACCCCUGUCUGCCUCUAUGCUGUCCAGGCCUGAGGUCAAUACAGAGAGAAACGUAGCCCUCAUGCCACAGAGCCCCUUCACCCAGGUAGCUCUCAGAGGCUUCCAGACCAGUGCUGUGAGCAGGGACAUUGAUACCGCUGCCAAAUUCAUUGGUGCUGGAGCCGCCACAGUCGGAGUGGCUGGAUCUGGUGCUGGAAUUGGAACAGUGUUCGGCAGUCUCAUCAUUGGAUAUGCCAGGAACCCAUCAUUGAAGCAGCAGCUCUUCUCCUACGCUAUCCUGGGAUUCGCCCUGUCUGAAGCUAUGGGCCUAUUCUGUUUGAUGGUUGCUUUCUUAAUCUUGUUUGCUAUGUAAAAAAAAUAUGUCUAUAGAAACUGUAAUUACAGAUGUGACUACAUAUUUUAUUGUGGCUACCAAAAUUGUUCCGUGUUGGUGUCAUGGAAAUGUACAUUUUCAAGUCUGUCCGACACUCUCAAAAUAACAGAAACGUGUAUUGUAAAAAAUGUAAGAAAUUACAUAAUUAAAAUGCAUGUAUUUGACUAGUUGA